AUGAAGUUAAUUUUGCUCAGUUUAUUAGUAAUAUAUUUACAAUUUAUUGUUACAAGAAUUGAGGCACAAAAAUGCGAAAAUCCAAUUUUAAUAAAUAAUGUGAAAGUACCAUCAACACUUGAUUUGGUUAAACUUGGAUUUGGAUUAGGCUUUACACCUGGCAAGAGUAUUCAAUUUGUUGGAAGAAUAAAAUUAGGUUCAAGUUGUAUUAAAUUGGCAGAACCAGGAAAGAUUUUGGAGUCUGGAGCCGUUGUUUUACAUUUUAGUCCACGACCAGGGAUUUUCAACAAACAUAUUGAACGAAAUAGUUGGAGUAAAGCAACUGGAUGGACACCUGUAGAUUCAAGUGGUGGAUGGCCAAUUAAAUCAAAUAAUCAAUUCGAGAUGGAAUGGAUUGCGGGACCUAAUAAUGCAAUAAUUGUAAGUGUUUAA